AUGGCCAAAUUAAGAAAAUACAUUGAUAUUGGAGCAAACUUAACCGAUACAAUGUACAACGGCAUUUAUAAUGGUAGUAGAAAACAUGAAGCGGACUUACAAAAUGUGUUGCAACGUAGCUGGGAUGCAGGCUUAGAUAGGCUUAUAAUAACCGGCGGAAAUUUGGAGGAAAGCACAAAGUCUGUGGAACUUUCCCAAACAGACGAUCGUUUAUUUGCCACUGUUGGUUGUCACCCGACCAGAUGCAUGGAAUUUGAGGAUAAUCCUCAAUUGUAUUUCGAUCAGCUUAAAUCCUUGAUACUGUCCACGAAUUCCGUAAAAAGAAAAAUUGUGGCUGUGGGUGAAUGUGGUUUGGACUAUGAUAGAUUGCAAUUUUGUCCAAAGGAUAUACAAAAAAAAUAUUUUGAGUACCAGUUAAAACUCAGCGAGGAUGUCGAUUUGCCUUUGUUUUUGCAUUGUAGAAAUGCUGCGGAUGAUUUGUAUGAGAUUUUAAAAAAUCACUCCAGUCGUAAAGGUGUGGUGCAUUCUUUUGAUGGUACGUCUGAAGAAGCAAAAAGAUUCAUAGAUAUGGGGUAUUAUAUUGGUUUAAAUGGAUGUUCACUAAAAACAGAGGAUAAUCUGACCACAGUUAAAACUUUGCCAAAAGACAAAAUCCUAAUUGAAACUGAUUGCCCCUGGUGUGAAAUAAGGCCAACACAUGCUGGGCAUAAGUUUGUAUCAAAAGAAAAUCAGUGUGUGCCAACUGUAAAAAAGGAGAAAUGGAGGGCAGAUUCCAUGGUUAAAAGCAGAAAUGAGCCAAACAAUAUUAGACAAGUUCUAGAUGUUAUAGCAUCAGUAAGGAAUGAGGACCCUGAUGAACUUUGUGACAUAAUUUAUGAAAAUACUGUCAACUUGUUUUUUAAAUUUCUAAAUAAAUGA